AUGGCAACAUUAUCAAGAAACCUUAGGUUGUCAUUGGACACACCAACACAGGACUUUGUGAGAACAAAGAUUGUAUGCACUAUUGGACCCAACACGAUGAAUGUUGAGAUGUUGGUCAAGCUGCUAAACACUGGAAUGUCAGUGUGCAGACUAAACUUCUCGCAUGGAACUCAUGAGUAUCAUGCCAGUGUUAUAAAGAAUGUGAGAGAGGCCAUGAAGUUGACUGGCAAGAAGUGUGCCAUCAUGCUCGACACCAAAGGUCCAGAGAUUAGAUCGGGCAAGCUUGAGGGUGGAAAGCCACUCGACCUGGAGGUGGAUCAAGAGUUGAUCGUUGACACCAACACAUCAGUGCCAGGUAACUCCAAGAGAAUCUAUCUUGACUACCAAGACCUGAUCACAUCUGUCAGUGUUGGUGGUAAGAUACUCUUGUCAGAUGGUGUCAUAUCUCUUACAAUCACAGAGAUCAACAAGGAGAAUAAGUCAUUGAAAUGCAAGGUGGACAACAAGUCGAAAUUAGGAGAGACCAAGAAUUGCCAUUUGCCAGGUGCCAUUGUCACACUUCCAGCCGUCUCCGAGAAGGAUGUCAGUGAUAUCAAGUUUGGUAUUGAACAGAAUAUCAAUCUCAUUUCGGCAUCAUUCAUUCGUAAGGCCCAAGAUGUAAUUGACAUUAGAGAGCUGUUGGGUGACAGAGCAAAGGACAUAUUCAUCAUCUCAAAGAUUGAGAGUGAGGAGGGAAUCGUAAACUUUAACGAGAUCCUAGAGGUAUCCGAUGGCAUUAUGGUGGCCAGAGGUGAUCUAGGUGUUGUAGUGCCAACCGAGAAGAUAUUCGUCGCUCAAAAGAUGAUGGUCAGCAAGUGUAACGCAGCACAUAAACCUGUUAUAACAGCAACACAGAUGUUGGACUCGAUGAUCAAAGCACCAAGACCAACUAGAGCCGAGGCCACUGAUGUUGCCAACUCUGUGUUGGAUGGUACUGACUGUGUUAUGUUGUCUGGUGAGACUGCCAAUGGUGACUAUCCAAUAGAGUCAGUUGACACAAUGACCAGGAUUUGUCGAGAGGCAGAGCUGGUAGAGUCGAGCACUGACUUCCAGACAGUGUUCACUGCGCUCAAGGUGUGCAACGAUAAGACAAUAUCAAUUGCCGAGUCUGUUGCAUCGUAUGCUGUUGCCACAUCGAUUGAUUUGAAGGCCAGUAUCAUUAUAACAAUGACAGAGACAGGAUUCACAACCAGACUGGUCAGCAAGUACAAGCCACCCAUUCCAAUCUAUGCAGUGACAUCAAGUGAGUCGACUGUUGCCCACCUCUAUGCCACGAGAGGUGCCAUUCCAUUCUUGGUGCAGCCACACAUUGGCACCAAAGAGAAUGUCGAGAGCUGUAUUGCCGAGGCAUUCAGUCGUGGAUUCGUCAAACCUGGUAGCAGAGUAGUGAUUGUCUCUGGUGCUCUUGAGGGUGUACAAGGCAAGACCAACUCACUUCGUGUUGUUACCAUUGGUGACUCCAAGGAGGUCAUCUUCUAA